CACAAUUCUCACAGAAAUACAAACUUCCAACACCAGAAAGAGAGAGAGAAACAGAAAGAGAGAGAGACAGUGGAGGACUAGAAAGGUCUACAAACUUUUUCAUGUAUUAGGGUUUAUUGGAGGUGCAAAAUAAAGGGAUUUAGUUUCUUGUGUGCUGUGUAAAUUCUUUUCCUGCCACCUCUACAGUUAUUUUAGGUAAAAGUUAUUAGCACAAAUUCGAUUCUGUUUCGGGGAGAGCAAUUUAUAUUGCUUAGAAGUUUUUAACUUUAUCAUAAAAGUUAUAAGCUUCUAACAGAGACCUGAAGAUUUGUACACUGUUUUUCAUCUUAGAAAUAACUAGGAGAAAAAGGUGAUGGGUUACACAUGUGAAUUUUGCGGGGAGCAACGAUCAAUUGUCUAUUGCCGGUCUGAUGCAGCUUGCUUGUGUUUGUCCUGUGAUCGAAAUGUCCAUUCUGCAAAUGCCUUGUCACAGCGUCAUUCCAGGACACUUGUAUGUGAAAGAUGUAAUUCCCAACCAGCUAUUUUCAGAUGUGUGGAGGAGAGGGUCUCUCUAUGCCAGAAUUGUGAUUGGAUGGCUCAUGCUAGUUCUAGUACAGGCUCAACACAUAGGAGACAAGCACUUAGUUGUUAUACAGGUUGUCCUUCCGCGGCAGAGCUCUCUACUAUCUGGUCAUUUCUUCUAGAGGACCCUUCAGUUGGUGAUUCGACUUGUGAGCAGGGGAUGGGUUCAAUGAGCAUCACUGAUUGCCGACCUGGAGAUAGCAAACAUUCUCAAGUGAAGGACAAAUCUCAAGACAUGUCUUCUGCACUUGAUGAAGUAAAUGAUUUGCAUAAUUUAGUCAAGUCUGCCCCUUUGGUGGGAUCAUCAAUGCCUAAUCUUGAUAACGACCUACCCAAUGUGGAACCGCCUGUUGGAUCCACAAAUUUAACUUGGUCUAAGGUGAGCAAUUCUGGAACAAAAGGCUCAAAUUUAUUUGACGAUGAUCCUUUUCAUGAUGAUUUCAAUAUGGAUGAAGUGGACCUGAGUAUUGAAAAUUAUGAAGAGCUAUUUGGUGUUUCUCUUGAUAAUCGUGAUCAUCUGUUUAAGAAUGAAGACAUCGAUGACUUAUUUGGGACAAAGGACAUGUCAGUUGCUGAGUCCAGCUUCCAGGGUGUCAAUGCUGUCGAGGGGUCAGCAGUAGGAAGGGUAAAUGCAGUACAGCCUGCUUGUAGCAAUGCAGCAUCAGCAGAAUCCAUGAUGAGCUGCAAGACAGAACCGCCUACCCUAUGCUUUGCAAGGAAACAGUCCAGCUUCUCAUUUUCAAACCUCACUGGAGAGAGCAGCGCUGGAGAUUAUCAAGACUCUGGAGCCUCCUCAAUGGUUCGCAUAGGAGAGCCACCAUGGUGUCCACCAUGUCCUGUAAGUUCAAUGCCAUCAACUAGGAGUGAUGCUGUAUUGCGCUACAUAGCAAAGAAGAAGACACGCCAAUUUGACAAGCGAGUGAGAUAUGUUUCCCGCAAGGCAAGAGCAGAUGUGAGAAGGCGUGUUAAGGGACGGUUUGUCAAGGCUGGUGAUGCUUAUGACUAUGAUCCACUGAGCCAGAGCAGAAGCUAUUGAUUGUGUAACAUUUCAUAUAAGGAGAAAAACCGUCCAGUUUAAAUAGGGGCGGGACAAUUGGUUGAGGUUUCAAGCAAAUGGAUGAAAAGAUGCUGUAUUUAUUGUUGCAGUGACAAAGAGUAGGUUGUUUCUCAGUGGAUUACAAUGUUUCCAAUCAGGCAAAACUGUAUCUAGAAAGCAGAGUUCGCUGCUCCUCCUCCUAAAGUCCAACUUCAUCAUCUAAAAGAGGCCAAAGAUGGAUGUGCACUCCUUUUGUCAAUCAAAUUAAGAGUGCAGCAGAGAAAGAGCUUGGUCAUUUGUAGACAACACGAUGGGCGUUCUCUCCAGAAACCAAUCAAGAUUUGCUUUCUCAUUUGUAUUUAUGUUGCAUGUCGACAACAAUGGGUUUUGUCUAGCUUGCUUCUGUUCUUACAACUUUAACUAGGUGGAUUCAACACAAUUUACGUCUCCACAAAUUCACCUGCCCUUGAGACCCCUUGGCCGUUGUGUAAUACUGUCAAUCUGCCAUGUUUGUAUAUUAUAGCCAGAGAUAACAUGAGCAACACAUUCUGAGUCCCUAGAGAUUCAUCUGUCCUUUAGGUUUGAGGACUGAGAUUCCUUGUCUAUGAUGUAAUAAUUUCAUGUAUAUUAUGGCCAGUGUGUAAAAGAUAACAGGUACCCAAGAUGACAUAUAUACCAUGCUUUGGAAUUUUUUCA